AUCUGAGUCUCAUCUCCAUCGCCACGCCUCCACAAGGGCACUGCUCCCCACGUCUCCUCCCUCUGUCCGGCCGGCUUCACAGCUCGAGGCGAAGCCCUGCCAGCAGAGUGGAUCAUCAGUCAGCCUGAGCGAGGGGAAGACGGAAAACGUCAUUCACUCCAGCUGAUCCUCUGAACUGCGAACUGGAUAGUGGUCGCGUCUGGACGCGCAAUUACGCUCGGGAACAAGAGAGUUAGAAGUUUCACCGUUCAAGUUCCAAAAUUAGGAUCAUUAAUACUGGUGUAUUUUGCAGCAUUAAGGAGCAUCCACCCAUCCAUGGGAAUUCUCCAGAGAGAGAUGAGCAGCGCGGAACCAGUGGACAUGAUCUCCGCGUAAAAUAUCUCUAUCCGCGUCAAAAUUCUUCCUUUAAAAACAAAAUGCAGAUCUUCCUGUACACAGCUGUGUUGUUCUAUCUCAAGGAGUCUGCCAGCGCUGAGCCCAAAGCCACAUGUCCAACACGGUGCGAUGUGAGUACCUGUCCGAGUCCCAGCUGCCCCAGCGGUUACGUGCCGGACCGCUGCAACUGCUGCCUGGUGUGCGCCCAGGGGGAAGGAGAGCCGUGCGGCCGCAAGGACGACCUGCCGUGUGGGGACGGACUGGAGUGCCAUCACCCGGCGGGCAAGCGGCUCUCUAAGGGGCUCUGUCAGUGCAAGUUCAGCCACGAAGUUUGUGGCAGCGAUGGAAAGACCUACAGUAAUGUGUGCCACCUGAAGGCGACCAGUAGGAAGGCUCUGCAACAGGGACUGCCUGGCAUCACCCAGACCCAGAAAGGACCGUGUGAGACCAGUAUAGGUCCUUCACAUGCUGCCAGUCCUCGUUACAAGUUCAACUUCAUAGCUGAUGUAGUGGAGAAAAUUGCCCCUGCUGUGGUCCACAUCGAGCUCUUCCUCAGGCAUCCUCUCUUUGGCCGGAACAUCCCACUGUCUAGUGGAUCUGGGUUUGUAAUGUCAGAGAAUGGACUAUUGUUACCAACGCCCAUGUAG